CAUAAAACGUGAUCCUGAAUCAUACAAGGAAGAGUUCUCCCAGCAAUAUAAUCAUUACAAAUCGACAUUGGAAGUAUUUCGUCUUACUCCGGACAAAUUCAACAAGAGUCUCGAUGAACUCCUCAUGUUCCUAGCCCAGGUAUAAGAAAAAUCGAGUAUUUCCCCCAGAACUAGACCUAUCAUUAGAUUUCAUUAAAAAUAAGAUAAUUCAAUUUAAUCGUAAAAAUGGAGAAACACUUGAAGGCACUGAAAGCCAAAAUACUGUGUCGUGAUGACGUGUUAAGAGAACUUUGCUCUCUGGUAGGGGUUCCGGAGGAGCCCCUGCCCCAAAGCAUUUUUGUUUAUGGCCACAUAGCCACCGGAAAGUCCCUAGUGGUGAAAGCCCUCCUGGAGCAUUUCCACUACAACUAUUCGAUGGUCAACUGCAUUGAGCACAACAACACUCGUCACAUGUUUGAUUAUAUACUUCAAGACCUCAGCUCUUAUAAGUUAAAGAGCGAAAAUAAUUAUAGGGGGGUUUACAAAUGCGAUAAUUUGAUGGAUUUCAUCGACAAUUUACGUCAGAUAUCCGUUGAUAAUCCUGAAAAUCCUAUGGUAGUUGUCUUUGACAAGUGCGACAGACUGAGAGAUAUGGACAUGAAUCUUCUGCCAGCUCUUUUGAGACUUCGAGAGCUGUCUGGAGUGAACAUGUGCACAAUUUUCAUCUCAGACAUCAUCUGGGAGAAGUACAGAGUGAAGAUGGGAAUGCUGGAGCCCAUGAGGAUCCAUUUUCCCCAGUAUACUAAAGACGAAAUGAUGGAAAUUCUGUUUGCGUACAAACCAGAAGGUUACGCUGACGGAUUCUAUCAGAAUUACCUGAAUCUCUUCCUCUCAGUGUUCUUCAGAUUUUGCAGGGACAUUAAUGAGCUCCGUUACAUGGCUCAGAUCAACUUCUCGAAGUACAUUGAGCCCGUUAAAUCAGGCCAGUGUGACGAGACUGAUGUUACAACCCUUUGGAGAAAUAUUUCAGGUGUUUUGAAGUCGAAUCUUGAAGUUAUUUACCUCAGAGUCUCCACUGAAGAUUUUAAAGAGAGAACUGAACUAUCACAGCAGAUUGAAUCCACUACGAAGUUAGCGCUGAGCUUUGAACUGCCAUUUUACGCUAAAUUUAUGCUCAUCGCUGCCUAUCUGGCCUCGUACAAUCCCGCUAAGGAGGAUAAACGGUUGUUCAUGAAACAGAGUAGUAAAACUAAGAAGAGAAAGAGGGCUGUCCCUUUGAAUAAACCGAUUACCAUGAAUACUCAAGUUGGACCGAGGACUUUUCCCCUAGACAGAAUGCUCGCUAUAUUUUGCGCUAUUAUAGAGGAAAAAGUCGAUCUCAAUGCUAAUUUACUUGCUCAAAUUCCGACUAUGUGUAAAUUGGGACUGUUGUCAGUAGUUGGUGACAAUAACUUGGAUGAGCCGAAAUUCAGAUGCUGCGUUAAUCUCGAUUUUGUCGUUAUUAUUUCAAAAACUGUGGGGUUCAGUGUUAGAAAUUACUUAUACGAUUUCAUCCAUUAAUCACGAAUAAUUUUUUCAUUUUUAAUUUAGUAUUGUGCUUUGUGUUUAUGAAUCAUUUUUUUCAUUAUUACUAAUAAAUACUUUUGCAAUUUGGAAUUAAAAA